GCCGGGGGCGCGCGAGCCCAGGAUGGCACCCUGCGCGCGCGCCGGCCUGGGCGCUUCUGGCAGGAAUGAAGAUGAAGAUAGGGGUCGUGUCUGACUCUUUUUCCAAAUCCACAUACCCUUGUCCUGGACAGUCAUUGUCAGGGGUGACCACUAGGGGUGGAAUUAGCGGGGGGGGGGGGGGGGACGGGGAACACGGGCAUCCUUUCUGGUGCCUGGCUGAGCCAGUUGUCAUGGUAACCCUUUGGAAGCCUGGAGCACCGUCCUCCUCCCUCCCUCGUUCCUUCCACCUUUGUGGUUAAGGAGCCCCAAACCCAGAACCAGGAGGAGAUUUCUAAGCUAAUCUACGUCCCUGCUGAUCCUGUCCACUACCAGCCUUGUCACUAUGGCAUCCCUCUCUCACCUUGCACCCCGGUGAAAGAGCCCACAGCCCCAAAGACACUAAUCGCUAAGAAAAGCAUCUCUUCCCAACCCCCUCCCCCGGUAGCUACCCAGCUGGUGUUACCAUGGUAACCAUCGCCCCCCUUCCAUCCGUGGGAGGGCCCCUGGACCAAACCAACCAGGUGUUUUUAUUUAGAGGAAAGAGUCUGCUGGGGCCAGUUGCUAUGGUUUCAGGACCUGGACCAGCCCCCAGGGAAGUGGGAAACAGACAAGGCCAAGCCCUGGUUACUAUGGUAACAUGAUAGCCCACCCCCCUUUCCUUCCAGGGACCCUAGGCACCAGGCCUGCCAAAGCAGGGACCACGGGAUUGUCUCUUAGGGGUGGAGUAUGUUUGGGGAGGGGGUAACAUGGUUACCAUUUGUGAGCCCUGUUCUCCAGAGAGAAGCAGCUCAAGGUUGUCAUGGUAGCUGACGCCUGAGAUGCCCCAGGUGGUGCCCUGGCUGAUGGCAGGUCAGGAAGGACUCCCUGAUGCCACCUUGCUGUCCUGUGUGCCACUGGCUGACUCGGGGUUUCUCUUCUUCCCGCAGCGAUGCCACUGAGCUGGACUCGAGCCGCCCUCCCGGAGCCGCCCCAGCCUGCAGCCUAGGAGGAUGUCACCGAGGCCCAGCUAGGGCCUGACUUGGGCCCCAUGCGGCUCACCCGUUGCCAGGCUGCGCUGGCAGCCGCCAUCACCCUCAACCUGCUGGUGUUCAUCUAUGUCUCCUGGCUGCAGCACCAGCCCAGGCACUCCCGUGGCCGGGGCUCCCGGCGUACCUCCUCCGCCUCCGGCCCCCGUGUCACCGUGCUGGUACGGGAGUUCGAGACCUUUGACAACGCCGUGCCCGAGCUGGUGGACUCCCUGCUGCAGCAGGACCCAGCGCAGCCUGUGGUGGUGGUGGCAGACUCGCUGCCCUAUCCGCCCCUGGCCUUGCCUCGCAUCCCCAAUGUUCGCCUGGCCCUGUUACAGCCCGCCUUGGACAGGCCGGCUGCGGCCUCGCGCCCACAGACCUAUGUGAACACCGAAUUCGUGGCCCUGGUGCCAGACGGCACGCGGGCUGAGACCCCGGGCCAGCUGGAGCGCAUGGUGGAGGCGCUCCGGCAGGGAAGCGCACGCCUGGUGGCCGCCCCAGUGGCCACGGCCAACCCUGCCCGGUGCCUGGCCUUGAACGUGAGCCUGCGGGAGUGGACCGCGAGCUACGCCGCUGCACCCUCCGCACCCCGCUGCGAUGCCCUGGACGGGGAUGCUGUGGUGCUCCUUCGUGCCCGCGACCUCUUCAAUCUCUCUGUACCCCUGGCCCGGCCGCUGGGCACCAGCCUCUUCCUGCAGACUGCCCUGCGUGGCUGGGCCGUGCACCUGCUGGACUGGCCCUUCGCCGCCGCACGCCAGCCCCCACUGGGCACAGCGCACGCCCGCUGGAAGGCGGAGCGCGAAGGGCGAGCACGGCGAGCGGCGCUGCUACGCGCACUGGGCAUCCGCCUGGUGAGCUGGGAAGGCGGGCGACUGGAGUGGUUCGGCUGCGGCAAGGAGACGGCGCGCUGCUUUGGCACAGUGGUAGGCGACACACCAUCCUACCUGUACGAGGGGCGCUGGACACCCCCGUGCUGCCUGCGCGCGCUGCGGGAGACAGCCCGCUACGUGGUGGGCGUGCUGGAGGCGGCCGGCGUGCGCUACUGGCUGGAGGGUGGCUCGCUGCUGGGGGCCGCGCGUCACGGGGACAUCAUCCCGUGGGACUACGACGUGGACCUAGGCAUCUAUCUGGAGGAUGUGGGCAACUGCGAACAGCUGCGGGGGGCCGAGGCUGGCUCAGUGGUGGACGAGCGCGGCUUCGUGUGGGAGAAGGCCGUGGAGGGCGAUUUCUUCCGCGUGCAGUACAGUGAGAGCAACCAUCUGCACGUGGACCUGUGGCCAUUCUACCCCCGCAACGGGGUCAUGACCAAGGACACGUGGCUGGACCACCGGCAGGACGUGGAGUUCCCGGAACACUUCCUGCAGCCUCUGGUGCCCUUGGCUUUCGCGGGCUUCAUGGCGCAGGCGCCCAACAACUACCGGCGCUUCCUGGAGCUCAAGUUCGGCCCUGGCGUCAUCGAGAACCCCGAGUACCCCAACCCAGCGCUCUUGAGCUUGUCAGGCAGCAGAUGAAGCCCCGGGGUCCUGGGAGUUCUGGGGGAUUGAGGGACCGGGCUUUUCUUGGGGAUGCUGGGUGAUGAGGGCUGGGGGAGAGGGAUAGAGAGGGAGGGAAGGGGACUGAGCGACCCAGAAAGAUGAGGGAGAAGUUUGACUUCGGCAGGAAAGCUCAGGCCGGAGAUCCGACGCCUCUUCCGGAGAUUCUCUUUGAGUCCAAGAAUGUGGGUAGGUUUGGGAACAUCUGGAGGGUGUUGAGGGCGCUGGCUUGUAGUGGGCAAGUCAGGGGACUCCUGGCUGAACCUGCAGGGCCCAGCACACAGUCUCGGAGCCGUGCCCACAACCGGGAGCGAGCUGGAAGAGAAUUUUGGAAAGAGAAUGUGCGAGUAGGGACUGGGAGGGUCACACUGUGAAGGUCGAGGGGCCUGGCUGCCACUGGUUCCCAGUAUCCUCACCCUCCU